AUUUUAAUCAUGCCUCUCUGUCUGUGUGUGAGUGCAGGCAGGCUGACAAUGAUUUCCUCAGUGAUUACGUACAGAGCGAGUCCCUGCGGGGUAGGGGCCCCCUCUGGAGCCAUCCUGAUGGCUUUGGGGGCCUUGCUUCCAUUUUCCAUUAUUAUGUGGACUACCGGAGCGACAGCGCAGUCCAAGACCUUGCAGUAGAAGAUAAUGUGACAGAGGAUCAGCAGAGUCCUGGGCAGAGUGCCAUUCCAAGCGGUCCCGAGUGCACCCUCGAGAGGGCUUCUGAGGAUGGUGAAGCCGAGGCCGGGUCCAGGCCUUUGAGGAGGAGCCUUGUUUCUCCGGAGGACGGCGAGGAAGGGGAGGAGGACGAGGAGGAGGCCGCGCUGCACAGCUGCGACAGCUGCCGGCAGGUGUUCGAGUCACUGAGCGAUCUCACCGAACACAAGAUUAAUCAAUGCCAGCUGACAGACGGUGUUGAUCUCGAGGAUGAUCCUUCCUGUUCUUGGCCUGCAUCAUCUCCGUCCAGUAAAGACCAGACUUCCCCGGGCCACUGCGAAGACUAUGAUUUUGGUGAGGAUGAAGGGGUCGCAGGUCUACCAUACCCUUGCCAGUUUUGUGAUAAGUCCUUCAGCCGUCUGAGCUUCCUUAAGCGCCACGAGCAAAGCCACGGCGACAAGCUCCCCUUUAGCUGCACCUUCUGCAGCCGACUUUUCAAGCACAAGCGUAGCCGCGACCGUCACGUAAAGCUACACACCGGCGACAAGAAAUACCACUGUGGCGAGUGCGACUCGGCCUUCUCACGCAGUGACCACCUCAAGAUCCACAUGAAGACUCACGCCUCCAACAAGCCCCACAAGUGUCCUGUGUGCCGCCGGGGCUUCCUCUCCUCCAGCUCCCUCCACGGUCACAUGCAGGUCCACGAGAGGGGCAAAGAUGGUGGCGCAGUGGGGCCAGGUGCGGGCCUCUCCAGGGAGGAGUGGAAGCUCAAGGAGACGAGGAAGUGCAGCCGCUGCGAGGAGGGCUUCGACGUCCCCGAGGAGUUGCAGAGGCACAUCGCCGAGUGCCACCCUGAGUGCUCUCCUUCAGAGGACGGGGGCAUGGGUGGCGCUCUGCAGUGCAUCUACUGCCAUGAGCCCUUCAGUGAUGAGGGCGUCCUGCUGACGCACAUCGACCAGGCCCACAGCCGUGAUCGCAAAGGUCACAACUGCGCUGUGUGUUCUGAGCACUUCCUCUCCGUGGAGGACCUCUAUGCCCACAUGGACGUCCACCAGCUCCCCGAGUCCAGCAACCACAGUAACAGCCCGUCUCUGCUCACUGUGGGCUACACCUCUGUAUCCAGCACCACCCCAGAUUCCAACCUCUCCGUGGACAGCUCCACCAUGGUGGAGGCCGCUCCGCCCGUUCCCAAGACCCGGGGUAGGAGGAAGAGGGCCGCGCAGCACACCUCACACGAAGUCGGGAGCCGCUCCUCCAAACAGCCCAAGAUCUCCUACAGCUGCAUCUACUGCAACAAGCAGGUGUUUUCUAGUCUGGCCGUACUUCAGAUACACCUGCGGACCAUGCACCUGGAUAAACCCGAGCAGGCACACACCUGUCAAUUCUGCUUAGAGGUGAUGCCCUCUCUGUUUAACCUGAACGAACACCUGAAGCAGGUGCACAAUGCUGAGGACAAUGUGGCUCUGUUGGCCAGCCUGCCCGAUGCCCUGCUCCAGUGUAACUUCUGCACAGAGGUGCUGAGCGACCUCAAUGCUCUUCAAGAACACAUCCGCUGCUCCCAUGGCUUCCCAAGCCCAGUGGCCAAGGAGAGCAAUGCCUUCUUUUGUCCCCAGUGCUUCUUGGGGUUCUUGACCGAGGCCAGUCUGGAGGAGCACGUCCGUCAGACCCACUGCGAUGGGGGCAGUCUGCGUUUUGACUCCCCUCUGGCAGUGACCCCCAAAGAGCCCAUUGUGGAGGUGUAUUCCUGCUCCUACUGCACCAACUCACCCAUCUUCAACAGUGUUCUGAAGCUGAACAAACACAUCAAAGAAAACCACAAGAACAUUCCGCUAGCAUUGAACUACAUCAACAAUGGGAAGAAGUCUCUGCGGACCCUCAGCCCCUCCUCACCUAUAUCGAUUGAUCAAUCGUUCCUUCAUAGCUCCUCCUCUCGCAGCAAUCGUGGGACUAGCGAGUUCAUCUGCAACCAGUGUGGGGCCAAGUACACCAGCCUGGACCUUUUCCAAACCCAUCUGAAGACUCACCUGGAUGGCAUGCAACCCCAGCUCACCUGCCCCCAGUGCAACAAGGACUUCCCUAACCAAGAGUCACUGCUGAAGCAUGUGACAGUUCACUUCACCAUCACCUCCACCUACUACAUCUGCGAGAGCUGUGACAAGCAGUUCACCUCAGUGGAUGACUUGCAGAAACACCUGUUAGACAUGCACACGUUUGUGUUUUUCCGCUGCACCCUCUGCCAGGAAGUGUUUGACUCCAAGGUAUCCACCCAGCUCCACCUGGCCGUCAAGCACAGCAAUGAGAAAAAGGUAUACCGCUGCACCUCCUGCAACUGGGACUUCAGACAGGAGGCUGACCUGCAACUGCACGUCAAGCACAGCCACCUGGAGAACCAGGGGCGGGCCCACCGCUGCAUCUUCUGCGGGGAGUCCUUCGGCACAGAGGUGGAGCUACAGUGCCAUAUUACCACACACAGCAAGAAGUAUAACUGCCGCUUCUGCAGCAAGGCUUUUCAUGCCAUCGUACUUCUGGAGAAACACCUUAGGGAGAAACACUGUGUGUUCGAGGGCAAGGCCCAAAACUGUGGCGCCAAUGGUUCCACGGCCGGGGGAGUGGAUCAUCACCCAGUGGCCAAGGAUGACGCAGAGCUACAGGGCCUUCUGACCAACAGCCACGGUGCAGGAGCGGUCGGAUCAGGUGCCGUACUUGAGUCCCCAGACAACCACGAUGGGAGUGAGGAGGAAGUGGACACUGCUGACCCCUUGUUCGGUUGUGAUAUCUGCGGGGCCUCGUACACCAUGGACUCCCUCCUCACCAACCAUCAGCUCCGAGACCACAACAUCCGUCCGGGUGAGAGUGCCAUGGCGAAGAGGAAGUCGGACAUGAUCAAGGGCACCCACAAGUGUAACGUCUGCCAACGCACUUUCUUCUCAGAAGCAGGUCUGAGGGAGCACAUGCAGACCCACCUGGGCCCCGUCAAGCACUACAUGUGUCCAAUCUGUGGAGAGCGCUUUCCUUCGCUGCUCACACUCACGGAACACAAGGUAACCCACAGUAAGAGCCUGGACACAGGAAGCUGCCGCAUCUGCAAGAUGCCCCUGCAGAGUGAGGAAGACUUCAUGGAGCACUGCCAGAUGCACCCCGACCUGAGGAACUCUCUGACAGGCUUCCGCUGCGUUGUGUGCAUGCAGACCGUCACCUCCACCCUGGAGCUAAAGAUCCAUGGAACCUUCCACAUGCAGAAGACCGGCACUAUGUCCACAAACCACCCCAUCGGCCGCACCACAAAUCUGGCCUCCCACCACAACCAGCAUCACCACCAGCAACACCACCAGGCCAACCAGAAGCUCUUCAAGUGCGCCUCGUGCCUGAAGGAGUUCCGCUCUAAAUCGGACCUGGUGAAGCUGGACAUAAAUGGGCUUCCAUAUGGGUUGUGUGCUGCGUGUGUCAGCGCCGCCGGCUCCAAGAGCUCCAGCCCCACGGUGAUGAAUGGAGCAAGGCAGCCACAGCAGGGAGGCGGAGGUGCCACAACCCCGGCAAUGCCUGUAGCAGCGUGGACCUCUCAGAUGGAGAGUCUCAGCCCCGGGGAGGGGAAAGGCAAGCCGGCCCAUUCGUCGUCAUCGUCCUCCUCAUCGAUCUCCUCGAGUGCUACCAAGACGCGGUGCACCAGCUGCAAUGUGAAGUUUGAGUCAGAGGCAGAGCUGCAGAACCACAUCCAGACGGUGCACAGGGAGCAGGGAGGGGACAGCAACAGUGGACAGCUCAGGACCCCGCAGGUCUCCCCUAUGCCCAGGACCAGCCCUUCACAGACUGAGGAGAAGAAGACCUACCAGUGCAUCAAGUGUCAGAUGGUGUUCUACAGUGAAUGGGACAUCCAGGUCCAUGUGGCCAACCACAUGCUAGAAGAGGGCCUGAACCAUGAGUGUAAGCUCUGCAGUCAGUCAUUCGACUCGCCAGCCAAGCUCCAAUGCCACCUGAUCGAGCACAGCUUCGAGGGCAUGGGAGGCACCUUCAAAUGUCCCGUCUGCUUCACAGUGUUUGUCCAGGCCAGUAAGCUACAGCAGCACAUCUUCUCGGCACAUGGCCAGGAGGAUAAGAUCUACGACUGCUCCCAGUGCCCACAGAAGUUCUUCUUUCAAACCGAGCUACAGAACCACACGUUGACUCAGCACAGCAGCUAACCAGGCACAUCAUCAGUGGGCUGUGGAGGGGAGGAGAACGCCGUGGAGGAGAACCGUGCCUGACCUGGUCAGUCCUCCUUCCACCACCAGUGCAGCGUCCCAAUGGCUCAUCUGAGUUGAUCUUAGGAUUACGUGGACUCAGAGAGAGACCAUGUCACAAAAUGAAAAGGAAGAGUGCGAGACCAAGGACAGAAACAUUUCUCACUGGUCUCUGGUCAUAAUUUCAAGAAAACUUGUAAAUAGAGAUUGUCAAUGUGUUGCUUAAUAACUCCAGCUAUAUUGCAGUCUUAUACAGUAUUUGCCAAUGUACAGUUCUGACCCCCCGCCCCAACAAAAAAAAAGAAAAAAGAAAAAAUACUGACAAUGCCACUGUCAAUCAGAAGAAUGUGUUGGAGACAAAGGGUGCCAAUGUGAGGUGUUAUUGAUUAGGGAGGGGGACAUUCCGUCUGGUCAGUCAGGAUCCUUUUCCUCAACCCAAAUGUCCUGUACUUGACACUACUGACCUGGUCAGUCAUUACAGAAGAGGGUGACAGGAAGCUUCAACACAGCAACAAACAGCUCUCAUUCCAACAUGGCCGCCCUUCCAGGAGAGACUAGCUGAGGACUGAGUAGUGCGUUUAUAUAGGUUGGCCUGUCUGUCUGCCUGCGCAUGGACAAGUCCAAAUGACUGGAGAAAAACAGGAAAAAAAAAACAGGACAGGAUUCUGAUAUAUGCAAAAGCAGUGACACAGAUUUGGAAAGGCCAGCUCCUCCGGUUGGCGUGGGAACAGAAGCAACGUGAAACCCCUCUGUGUCUCCUAGAGCAUCAUGGGAAAUCUCCAGUCCACUGACUCAAACCUGUACAUUUCUGUCAUUAAUGUUUACUGCGCAUUCUAGCCUGGAGAUUACUGGAAUUGUUUUUCUUUUUUCUUUGGUUAUCUGUUUUUUUAUGCAGUGGUGAGUAACUCUGUGUUGAUUUAGGGUGGUGGUGGAGACAGUUUGUGUAUUGUCUCCUUCGGGGGGAGGGGCACUUAUAACUUCUGUCCUGGACUCUCCCGGAGAGCUCCCAACUCCUUGUUUCCUGCCGUAUCUCAUUGCUCUGCUCUCUGCUAAAGCUGGAAGCCUUUGUGGCAUUAUAAAACACCAAUAUAAAUCAUUCUGUUAUGUAAAUGUUUUUGCAUUCAUUGAACCUGAGAUGCACUUUUGUAUGAAACUUUAAUGUUUUGACCUUUUGAUUGAGAAUUGUUCAUACUCAGUUUACAGGAAAUUAACCAUCCUCUCCUGCUGCAGCAAAAGAACAGUUCUCUUCUGAUGUUAUUCAAAUGUUAUUGUAUAAAUACAGAGUUCUGUAUUUGGCAGACCUCGUUUUUUUUGUGUUGCACAUGUGAUGGAAAUAUUAAAACUGUAUGAGAAAA